AUGUUCACUUUGAUUUUGUUCUUCUUGCUUCUGAACAUUCCACUUCUCAUGACCAAUCUCUUUCCUUCUGAAUGCUUUUGGAGAAUGAAGCAGAAUGAAAAAAAGGAUGGAAACUUAAUGACAGCUUGUAUGUUCCCCCUUGAAUCAGCGAAAAGGCCUGUGAAGAAAGAUGAUUUAAACACACUUCUGAAUGAGCUAACAAAAGCUGAAAACAAAAUGUUUGCUCUUGCCUUGGCUUUUUCAAUGGAUGAAAUCAACAGAAACCCUGAUCUUCUACCGAAUACAUCUUUAAUGUUUAAACAUCUACUUUGUGUAAGUGUGUCAGAAUUAUAUGAUAUCAUCCAUCUUUCUGAACAAGGUCAUAUUAUUUUUCCUAAUUAUUUCUGUGGCAAUGAGGUCUUAUGUUUCACAAUGCUUACAGGACCAAACUGGGAAACAUCUGUGAUAUUUCACACAUUCUUUUAUGUCUUCAAAUAUCAUCAGAUGCUUCAGCUUACUUAUGGCACUUUUAAUCCUCUCCUGAGUGACCAUGUAAAAUUUCCCGGUCUGCAUCAGAUGGCCCAUGAGGAUACAUCUCUUGCCCUGGCUAUGGUCUCCUUCUUACUUUACUGCAGCUGGAACUGGGUCGGUCUAGCCAUCUCAGACAAUGAUCAGGCCAACCAAUUUCUCUCAUAUUUGAGAAGAGAGAUGGAAAAAAAUAAAAUGUGUUUUGCCUUCGUGAAUAUAAUCUCUGACAAUAUGCAGUUAUACAUGUCAAGAACUGAAGUGUAUUACAACCAAAUUGUGACAUCAUCAACAAAUGUUGUUAUCAUUUACGGCAACUCAGAUGGUACUCUAGCUUUGAGUUUUAGAAGUUGGGAAUCUGAAGGGAUACAGAGAAUAUGGGUCACCACCUCACAGUGGGAUGUUACCACAGGAAAAGGAGACUCCACACUUGACUCACUCCAUGGGAUCCUUGCUUUUGCACAUGACCGUGGUAAGAUUUCUGGUUUUAAAGAUUUUGUGCAAACAUUGAACCCUCUCAAAUACUCAGAUAAAUAUCUGGCAAGCCAGGAGUUGAUGUACUUUAACUGUGAAGCCUCAGCAUGUAGCUGUAAGACAUUGAAGAACUUCUUAUAUAAUGCCUCAUCAGAAUGGCUAAUGACACAGACUUUUGACAUGGCAUUUAGUGAUAGCAGUUAUGAUAUAUACAAUGUUGUUUAUGCUAUCGCCCGUUCCAUUUAUGAGAUGCUUCUUCAAAAGGUAAAAAAUCAGCCAAUUGACAAUGAGAAAGAAGAUGGUAAUAGCUGCAUGAAGAUGAACUCCUUGCUAAGAAAGAGGCACUUCACUAAUCCUUUUGGUGACAAAGUGAAUAUGAAACAUAAAGAGUGUGACAUCUUUCACCUUAGGAAUUCCCCACAUGGUGUUGGACUUAAGGUGAAGAUAGGAAGAUUUAACCCCUAUUUUCCACAUGGACAACAAUUCUAUUUAACUGAAGACAUGCUAGAGUGGGCCUCAGGAGGCAGACAAAUGCUGCCCUCUGUAUGCAGUGCUGAUUGUGGUCCUGGAUUCAGAAAAUUCAGGCAGGAGGGAAUGUCAGCCUGCAGUUUUAUUUGUGUCCACUGCCCAGAAAAUGAAAUAUCUAAUGGAACAAAUAUGGGUCAGUGUGUGAAGUGUCCAGAGGACCAGUACGCCAACAUUGAGAAGAAUCACUGCAUCCAUAAAGCUGUGAUCUUUCUCAGCUAUGAAGACCCCUUAGGGAUGGCUCUGGCCUUAAUGGCCUUGGGUUUCUCUGCCUUUACAGCUCUGAUUCUUGGAGUAUUUUUAAAGCACAACGACACAGCCAUUGUGAAAGCCAAUAACCGUGCUCUCAGCUACAUCUUACUCAUGUCACUCAUGUGCUGUUUCCUCUGCUCUUUGCUCUUCAUUGGCCAUCCAAACUCAGUCUCCUGCAUCCUGCAGCAAAUCACAUUUGGAAUUGUAUUCACUGUGGCUAUUUCCACUGUGUUGGCCAAAACAAUCACAGUGGUUCUGGCUUUCAAAGUCAUAGCUCCUGCAAGAAGGAUGAGGUACAUUCUGGUUUCAGGAACACUUAACUGCAUCAUUCCUCUCUGUACACUCAUCCAAAUUAUUCUCUGUUUAAUCUGGCUAGGAACUUCCCCUCCAGCUGUUGAUAUUGAUGCAGAUUCUGAAUAUGACCACAUCAUCAUUAUCUGUCACAAGGGUUCAGUUAUAGCAUUUUACUGUGUUCUAGGAUACUUAGGCUGCCUGGCCCUGGGAAGCUUCACUGUGGCUUUCUUGGCCAGGAACCUGCCUGACACAUUCAACGAAGCCAAGUUCUUGACAUUCAGCAUGCUGGUGUUUUGCACUGUUUGGAUUACUUUCCUCCCUGUCUACCAUAGCACCAACGGCAAGGUGAUGGUGGCUGUGGAGAAUUUUUCCAUCUUGUCUUCCAGUGCAGGGAUGCUGGGGUGUAUCUUUGUACCCAAGUGUUACAUAAUUGUAUUCAGGCCACACACAAUUUCUCUUCCAAAGAUCAGGGUGAAAUCAUAUUCCUAA